AUGAACCACGAUGUCAGGUGGAAAACGCCUCCUUCCAAGCCAUUGCUGAUAACUCAACGAAGCGUCACUCGUUCUUCCUCGGUAAGAUCAAAGGGAAUUAAUUUCAACACGGUAUCGCCUACCCCGGGUGCCGAACGCUUUAGAAACCGUGGCCACUCGGAGCCCAAAACACAUAAUUCUCCUAAUCAAGAUGCCCCGCAAGUACCUCGAAAUACAGUAUCAUUUGAACUGGAGCUAUCUUCCCUCAUCGAUCGUCCAUUGCCUCUGAACCAGGAACUACGGUCGUUGAGCCUAGAUGACCAGCUUCGCCUUCUAGCGCUGAAGGAGAUGGCUGUUGUUGCAAUAAAUGAUAGUAUCAAUAAUCUAAAGCAAAAGCUUUCAAGCACACAAGACGAUUUGCAGCAGUUGCGAAAUGUCAUCCAAAGAUCAUUAUACAAGGAACUACAUCUACAAAGACAGACUCGGAAACGAAACCUGGGUGGCGCCAAUAACACCAGCCAUACACCGGCAAGGGAUUCCUUCAAGACACUUCAAGAACAAAACAACGAAGGGAACUCAACGAUAUGGGCGAACCUUACCAAGCCUAUAAACUUCCUCCAACAACUAGAUUCGAUGAUUCAAAACGAAAUGGAGAAGUCCCUUGGCGGCACCACAGAACAGCAACUUCAUAAAGGACAGCAGCAUAAUGGCCGAAAAAUGCUUCCACAUCAAAAACCACACUUGCAUAAAGAGAAAGAAGACGAUCAUUCUUCAGAGAAGCUACCUGUGAACUUCGAUCGAUAUCUUCCACCUUCGCAUGAUUCGAAGUAUAAAACCUCCGAAGACAUGUUUCAGGCAGUAUCUUCUUCGCUAUGGUCAUUUGUCAGUGAAGUCAAGUCUAACAUGAUGUCAACCUUAGCCGAAAAUCAAGACGCGCCUCCAAAUCACGAUGUUAUAGAUGAUGAUGAUGAAUCCAUGAUCAGUUUAACGGAAGAUAGAGAUGAUAGCGAAGAUGAUCUGGACAAGGUAGAUUUAUCGAUCUACUCCUCUAUGCGACAGUCCAAGAAGACUGGUUGA